UAGCUAAGCUAGGGCCGUAGCCGAUCGCGUGGGGCCUCACGAAGCUGCAACAGGAUGAACGUGGAAGACGCCGUCGACCAGCUUUAUCGAGGCAAGGUUAUCCUGGCACCCAUGGUCCGCGCGGGCACGCUGCCUUUCCGUGCCCUCGCCCUACGCUACGGGGCGGACACGGUGUUCACGGAGGAGGUCAUCGACCGUCGAGUCGUCAACGCCGUGAGGACGGAGAACCCGGUGCUCGGCACCGUGGACUACGUAGAGAAGAGGGGCAAGAAGGGCAUCGCGACGCCGUUCCAGACGUGUCCCGCGCUCGAGCGCGGUCGAUUGGUGUACCAGAUAGGGACGGGCGACGCCACCAACGCGCUGCGCGCGGCCCAGCACGUAGAGCGAGACGUAGCGGCCGUUGACAUCAACAUGGGAUGCCCGAAGAAGUUCUCGCUGCAGGGCGGAAUGGGAGCGGCGCUGCUCAAACAACCCCAAGUCGCGGCGGAUAUCGUGGGGAUCCUGAGGAGAAACCUGUCGGUGCCCGUGAGCGUCAAGAUUCGCCUGCUGGAGACCCCCGGCGAAACGGUGGAGUUCGCGAGGAGGAUGGAGAAGGCGGGGGCUUGCGCCCUGUCCGUGCACGUUAGGAAGGUUGGAGAUACUCCAGCAUCUAAGGCCCGGUGGGAGGAGCUUCGGCCUGUCGUGGACGCGGUCGACAUCCCCGUGAUUGCCAACGGGGACGUGUACACGAGGGCGGACAUGGCGGGCAUCAAAGCCUUGAGUGGAUGCAGCUCGGUGAUGCUGGCGCGACCGGCCCUGCUGAACUGCUCCAUCUUCAAGCCCGAUGGACACGUGCUGCCGCUGAAAGAGGUGAUUCAGCAGUACCUGCGGGAGUGCUUUCGGUACGACUCGGUCUACCAGAACGCGAAGUACACCGUGAUGGAGAUGCUCACCAAGAGAAGGCAUCCGGAUCAUCUCAAGGAAUCCAUCUCCUUGGGCCUGCCCGGGGGUGCUCCUGGCAUGCGCGAGGUAACGCCGGCGAAGACGUUAGAGCAGCUGGCGAGGCUUUGGGACGUGGGAGCCGACUUCGAUGCGGAAACUGUCAGACGAAGGAAGCGCGCGGAAGAGCUUGGCGAGGCUACUUCGAUAGAGCAGGCAGAGCGCGGGACUGUCCACAAGUUCGACGACGCGUAUUUUCUGGGCACAGAGGAAGCGAGAACGGACAACGCUGUAGGCGGCAAGGCUCGCGACUCGUCGGACGCUCCUGACCCCAACGCCGCGCGAGGCCGGGGCGGUAGGGACCGUGACAGUGGUGGCGGCGGAAACGGGGGCGUCGAAGCCACCGCUAUGGCUGUGGACAAUGGCGGUGGCGGCGGAAACGGCGGCAAUCCACCGCUAUGGCCGUGGAGAACGGCGGUAGUGGUAGCACAGGGGCACCCUCCUCCACUACCGCAGCGAUUGCCCGCUCAACCUGCGCCGGUGGCGGAGAUAACUGUGUUGGAAGGGGUGGCGACAGAGGAGGGACGGACGCGGGAGGGGGAGAAGAGGCGUGCCCUCGAGGGGGCGACCGAGCGGGGGAUGGCGAAGCGGGGGGGAUCGUGGCGCGAUCGGUGGUUGCUGUUGUCGCCACUGCGAGGGAAGCAAGCCCCGGUGGUGGCAGUCAUGGCGAUAGCGGUGGAGGUGCUGGGACUGGCACAGCAGUAGCAGAAGAAGGGCAGCAACCGCAGCAGCAGAGGAGUGGCGGGGUUGCUUGUUCGGAACGAGGGAGGAGUCAUGAGCGAGGAGAAGGAGAAGAAGAUGGCAGCUUCUCCGGAGAUGGUGUACACGCCGAAGAGGGCCUGCGGCAGGCGUGGGUGCCUUCGAAGCGACCUCGGGAGGAGGAGGAGGCGGAGGAGGAAGAGGCGAGCGCGGUGUAGUAGUAGCUAAUAGCUGGCCGGUGUUCAUGCGGUUGCAUGCACCGUACGAUACGAUCACAGAGAGCGCGUCAAGUUUGACCCAACGCUGCAGCGUUCUUUCUGGGGCACGUUUGUUUCGACAGGGCCAAUCGCAUUUUCGUGAGAAGGCCACGACUCUCCUCCUUGCUAGGGAGAGGUCCAAAGACCGCUAAACAGACUGGUGAUGAACAGUGGGAGCAGUGGUCGGGGUUGGGCGACGUGCUUUCAAAAUCCAAAUGGUGAAGGCCAGGCCGAGGUGGGUGGUGACAAUCCAUCCGAGGAGGAUUUCCUCGAUUAGUAUGGCAGCUUGCCUCUGGCAACCGUGCUGGUCCUCUAAGGGAUUUUCAUCAUAUAGGUGGUAUAGAGAGCAGCGAAGAGGUGAUUCGCUAAAAAAGUAGGGUGAUUAAUUUUUUUUCAUCCGUUCGACGACGGUCAGGGCAAGAAGAAAGCGUUCAGUACAUACAGUUUGGAUGGACAACGCCUAGUACUCAGUCUGAUGUAGAGGAAACAGACGAGGAUAUGAUUUUCUGUGCUGCGUGCAAAACAUCGCGAGUUGGGUUGUUGUGGAAUUGGAGAGAAACAGAUGUGACAACCCGCAUGUCUUGGACUGAGAGAAUGCGUGUUUUCCAUGUCUUCGCACGUAUCCAGUGCAAGACUGUCCACACACCACACACACACACCACACACACA